GGAACUUCGGGGGGGCUGUCCCAGAAGCCGCGGAGCUCGCUGAGUGGGCAGCCUUGCCCGAGGGCCCCCGCCCGGGCUUGGCCUCGGACGCCCUCUGCUUGCCCAGCCUCGGCCACCACGUGCCUGGGCUCCGAGGGCUCCCCGAGGCCGUGAUCGGAGCUGACUGCCCCCAGCCCUGUGCCUGCUCAAGAUGCUCGUGAGGAAAGUGCCCGGCCUGGUCCCGGCCUCCGCCUGGGGGCUGCGGUUGCCGCAGAAGUUCCUCUUCCUCCUCUUCCUCUCCGGCCUGGUCACCCUGUGCUUCGGGGCCCUCUUCCUGCUGCCCCACUCCUCUCGCCUCAAGCGCCUGUUCCUGGCCCCCCGGACCCAGCAGCCUGGCAUGGGACUGGUGGCCGCGAUCGCUGGCCACCCAUUGGUCCGGGAACAGGAGCCGUUUCCCAACCCGGCCCCAGCUGCGCCGGCCCCCGGAGAGGAUGACCCCAGCAACCGGGCCAGUCCCCCCCGCAGGAAGGGGUGGCCUCGGCGAACUCGCCCAACGGGGCUUCGGGAGUUGUCCACAGCGUCUCGGGUCAACAGCAUCGCAGCUCCCAAGCCCCUGGAGGGGAACGUCCCCUUCAGCUUUGACUACAAGGCGUUCCGGAGUCGUCUCCGCCACCCAGUGCUGGGGAGGCCCGAUGAGAAUGAGGAGUCCCGGAGCCUAGUGCAAGACCAGCGCGAAAAAAUUAAGGAGAUGAUGCAGUUUGCCUGGCAGAGCUACACGCGCUACGCCAUGGGGAAAAACGAGCUUCGUCCGCUAACCAAAGACGGCUACGAGGGCAGCAUGUUCGGGGGGCUCAGUGGGGCGACCGUCAUCGACUCCCUGGACACGCUCUACCUCAUGGAGCUGGAGGAGGAGUUCCAGGAGGCCAAGGCCUGGGUGAAAGAGCACUUCAACCUGAACGUGAGUGGAGAGGCAUCCUUGUUUGAGGUGAACAUCCGCUACAUUGGAGGACUCCUUUCAGCCUUCUACCUGACGGGAGACGAGGUGUUCCGGACAAAGGCCAUCCGGCUCGGAGAGAAACUCCUGCCCGCCUUCAACACCCCCACGGGAAUCCCAAAGGGCAUUGUGAACUUCAAAAGCGGCUCUAAUGGCAGCUGGGGUUGGGCCACGGCGGGGAGUAGCAGCGUCCUGGCGGAGUUUGGAUCCCUGCACCUGGAGUUCCUACACCUCACGGAGCUCUCUGGCAACCAGGUCUUCGCUGAAAAGGUCCGGAACAUCCGCAAAGUCCUCAGGAAGAUCGACAAGCCCUUCGGCCUCUACCCCAACUUCCUCAGCCCAGUCAGCGGGACCUGGGUGCAGCACCACGUCUCGAUCGGAGGACUCGGGGACAGUUUUUAUGAAUAUUUGAUCAAAUCCUGGUUGAUGUCGGGCAAGACAGAUUUGGAGGCUAAAAAUAUGUACUAUGAAGCCUUGGAGGCGAUAGAGCACUACUUGCUGAAUGUGUCUCCCGGGGGGCUGACGUACAUUGCUGAGUGGCGAGGGGGGGUUCUGGACCACAAGAUGGGGCACCUGGCUUGCUUCUCAGGAGGCAUGAUCUCCCUCGGCGCCGAGGAUGCCAAGGAAGAGAAGAGGGCCCGCUACCGACACCUCGCAGCCCAGAUCACCAAGACGUGCCAUGAAUCAUACACCCGCUCAGAUACCAAGCUGGGGCCUGAGGCCUUCUGGUUCAACUCCGGCCGAGAGGCAGUGGCCAACCAGCUGAGCGAGAGCUACUACAUCCUGCGGCCGGAGGUGGUGGAGAGCUACAUGUACCUGUGGCGGCAGACCGCCCUGGAGAAACACUGCCGGACCUCAGGCGGCUUCUCGGGGAUCCAAGACGUCUACAGCAGCCUCCCCAACCACGACAACAGGCAGCAGAGCUUUUUCCUGGCAGAGACCUUGAAGUAUCUCUAUCUCCUGUUCUCUGAAGAUGACGUGUUCUCCCUGGAAGACUGGGUGUUCAACACCGAGGCCCACCCACUCCCAGUGAACCACGUGAACAGCUCCAGCCCCAACCCCGGGCCCGGCCGGGCCCAGGCGGGACACUGACCCCAUCCUCCCUGAAGCCCUGGGGCCGCCAAGGGCGGGCCUUGCCUUUUCGGGACUUGGGACUCUUCUCAAAGGGCUGGGAACGUGGACCCGCCCUGCAGACCCCGGCCGGCCGGUCUGUGAGCUCCACUUCUCCUCUGUGAGGAGACACGGACUGGGAGUCGCAGCCGGCCGGCCCUCCUUUCUAGGGAGAGUUUUUACAGAAACCCGCUCCACUUUGCCAUUCCAGGGCCAGAGGACCGCAGUUUGUAGCCCCCUCCCCAUAUUAGCCUCACUUCUGUUCGUUUUGCUUGGUUCCUCUUCGCUCUCCAGUUGGGUUUUUAAUCACAGUUCUGUUGUUUUCAAAACCCUACGCUUUCCGAAGCGGCUCCCCGAGCAACGACCUAUGCAGCGCGCCUGGGGAACCGCGACCCGGUUAUAUACUUUCAGAGCUCUGGCCCCGCGUUUAUCUGUUCAGUUACGCAUCAUUUACCUUUUCGUUGAGGAGGGGGCUCCCCUUUGAUUUGGAUAUAAGUGUUAUGAAUCGCUAGUACUAUUUUCAUUAUUGUAUCGGGAAAAAAUUAUCUGUGAACUAGAAUAAACGUUUAUUGAAUAAGAAA